GUCUGCGAGAGCAAGAAAUCAAAACAAACAACAAGCAGCAGCAAGAGAAAAGGAUUGGGUUUGUUUGUGUUUUGAUGUGGACGAUGACAUGCAAGUUGGGUGGCACGUUUCGUGCCUUGCUGCUUGCUGCUUCUGAUGACCUUUUCCUUCUUUGCUGCUUUUUGAACCUACCAACCAAACACCAACGCAAGCAACAAAAGAACAAGAAGUCGAUAAACAAACAGAAGGCCAUCAGGGACUUGUUGCCUUGCUUGUGCUUGUUGCUUGUUGCUUCUUGUUGCUUCUCGCUUCUCGCUGCUGCUGCACAUACUUGUCUGGGCAUCUUUCUUUCACCUUGUUCAUUUUCUUCCAAUCACCAUCACACCAACCAGAGCAACGUCUAGCAACUACAGCGUACAGCGCACACGCCGACACUCGAUCAGUGGAACCCACGUUCUCCGCUUUCUCCGCUUCACUCCCGCCGCAAAACCACAUCCCCCCCCCCACCCCACCACUCCGGCCUUUGACCAGCUUCGUCGACGCUCGAGCAGCCACUUGUUCAAGAUGACGCACACGCACCGCCGGAAGGCCAACAAGCACGACGGCUAUGAUCACCACAGCGCAGGCAACCACCACACCUCGAAGAAGCACGGCUUUGGGUCGUACAACUGGGGCAAGCCCGGCGCAGAGAUGGACGACGUGCCGGUGCUGGACAAGGGCGACCCCAUGUACGACGAGGAGCAGGGCCACGUGCCACGCUCCAAGAGCCGCACCUCGUCCACCUCGUCCACAGACUCCAACCCGUCCCCAAAGGUCCGCGUCGUCUCCAAGUGAGCACCGCGACGGUGGCGGUGGCGGCAAAUCACAAAGUGAUGACAUGACUGAAUUGAAGCAAGCCCACCACCAUCACAACAACCGACAACGACGACCACGUCCCCUGCCUCGCUCGAUGCAUCAACGCACCCACUUUGUGUUUGUUGACGUCGCCAUACGGGUGCCAUCACUUUGGCUGCUGCUUCUCUUCUCUUCUCCUCCACUCCUCCUCUUCUUUGCUUAUUUCUCAAUUCACAUAGUUGCCUUUCCUGUUGCGUGCUUCCCUCUCGUGUUUAACCGCCCUCCUGUGCUCUGCUGUCUUUGAACUUGAUUUGAUGCAUCUCGAUACACUUGCUUGUGAUUUGUGCGCGCGCGUUUGGGAUGAACAAGAGGCAGCGUGCACAGCUGUGCUGGCGGUUGGCUGUUUCGUUCUCCGCUCUUCCCAUAUUCUUGCUUGGUUGUGUUCGUCGUGGUGUCGUGGUCUGACAUUGAUGUUUUGAUUGCGCCACCGUGAUGGAAUAACAACGAAGUAAACGUGCACCGUGGCA